CAUCGCACACUCCUCCAUCGUCGCGUCUUGAUACGUCAGCUAUACAUCUUUCACUUGCUCCUCUCCUUCCCUCUCCCUUUCCCUCUCCCUUUUUCCUCUCUCUUUCCUCUCCCUCAUGAGCCAUGCGAACCUGGCACACUUCGUCCUAAGCACUGACAAUCGAAAUUCCGUCAACCAUUCAGCAUUGUAUUCACAUGAAUAUCCGUUUGGACCCUUUGACAGUCGUUCUCGUCCGUCAACAUGAUCGUCAAUGCGAUAUUUUGCCUGCGUGUUUCCUUAUCGCUGCCUUCCCUCUUCCUUAGUCCCGGCGGACCCGGUAUGCCUUUCGAGAAUGCGUACUCUUCUUCGAAAGGGCGUCAGGCUUCAAGAAGCAUCCGCGUCCAAGGCCGGCAUGCUUGGAAGAAGUGUGUCAUAGGAGUAGUUUUGAGACUUCUCAAAAAUACACUUCGAGGCGUCUCAAGCAGCAUCCGCGUCCAAGGCCGACAGAUUGAUACACGAGAGAGACCCUUCUGAAGUCCAUGACGGGUAAGAGAGU